AUGGAAUACCAAGAAGAACAGAAGCCUGAUCCUAGAUCUCCAACUCAGUUUGGAGGCUCGAUGGAUGGCGGUGAUAGCAAUGACUCGGCUCUCUCAUUACUGGAUGAGAAACGCGAGAAGCAUUUGAUUCGCAAGAUUGACCUACAUAUCAUACCUUUUGUCGUUCUUUUAUAUCUGUUUAGCUUUCUUGAUAGAGUCAACAUUGGCAAUGCCCGUCUAUAUGGGAUGGAAGAAGAUCUGGGCCUGGUCGGAGAUCAAUACCAGAUUGCAGUAUCUAUUCUGUUUGUAACUUACUGUCUCUUCGAAGUGCCGUCAAACUUGGUUAUCAAGAAGCUCAGGCCAUCACGCUACAUUGCGUCGAUAUCGGUUAUGUGGGGCAUCAUAGCGACUCUCACUGGAAUAACCCAGAAUUAUGGAGGCCUCAUCGCUUGUCGUAUCCUUCUAGGCGUCGUGGAAGCCGGACUGUUUCCUGGAAUGGUUACCUAUCUCACUAUUUUCUAUAGCAAGCGUGAAAUAGCACUGCGCACGGGCUACCUAUUCAGCAGUGCAGCCGCUGCCGGCGCGUUUGGCGGACUUCUAGCUUACGGCAUCGGCUUCAUGGACGGCGUCGCCGGUUUACGAGGUUGGAGAUGGAUCAUGAUCAUAGAAGGCAUUCCAACCGUCAUACUAGGGGGCCUAUCCUGGUUCUUUCUUGCGGAUGACCUCGAUACAGCCUAUUACCUGGAUGAUGAGGAGAAGGCCCUAGUAGUUCGGCUUCGUCGUCGCGACGUGGGCCAAACAUCGUCCGCCCAAAAAUUUCACUGGGGAGACGUCAAAGAAGGUGCGCUGGACUGGAGAAUCUACGCCUUCUGCAUUGCUCAAUUUGGUGUCGAUACUAUGCUAUACGGGUACAGCACCUUCCUCCCCACCAUUAUCCAGGGCAUGGGGUCGUGGACAACGCCCGAAGUGCAAGCUCUUACGAUUCCUUGUUAUGCUGUGGGCGCAAUAAGUUAUCUGAUAAUUGCGUGGGCGAGCGAUAGAACUCAGCGUCGCGGAGUAUUUACUUGCAUCUUUGCCGCCAUAUCAGUGGUGGGCUACGGAAUCCUGAUAUCGGAUUCUUCGUCAGGAGUACACUACUUCGGCGCCUUGCUUAUUGCCUUAGGAUUAUAUGUGGCUGUCGGAUUACCUCUCGCAUGGCUCCCGACCACUCUUCCUCGUUAUGGAAAGCGUACAUUCGCCACGGGGCUGCAACUGACUUUCGGCAACGUCAGCGGCGUCAUGUCUCCUUUCCUAUACAAAACGAAUGAAGCGCCACGUUAUGUUCGGGGCAAUGCAGUGACUCUGUCGCUGGUUGGAUUUGCAGGUGUUGUGUAUGGUCUUAUGUGGUGGUACUAUCAUGGCAAGAAUAAGCGCAGAGAACAGGGAGUGGAAGAUGAGAAGAUUGCAGGGAUUCUGUCGCGCAGUACAAAUUGUCGUGACUCUGUCUUCUCAUCAGCUUUUGGCGCAAGCUGGAGGGCCUGGAUUCAAAGCCCAUGUAUAGAGCAACAUGAUGACUGGAAUCUUCACCAACAUCUUGGUGGAUAUGGGCCCUGGGUCGAGAAAUCCGCCGGAGACGAUGACGAUGAAUUACAGGGUGUUGAUGUACCAGAAAGUUGCACAGUUGACCAGAUACACAUGAUGUCGCGCCAUGCGGCGAGGUAUCCAACCAGGUCUGCAGGAAACCGUCAUCUUGCCCUUUUGGAUAGAAUCCAUAAAGCAGGAAUUCCGCUGAACGGCUCAUUGUCAUUCCUGAACAACUGGACCUACAUCACUACCAAUCCAGAACGAGACUUCGAGCAAUUGACCACAACCGGUCCAUACGCUGGCACUCAUCAAGCCUUCGAAACUGGAGUCCGAUUCGCAGCCCGUUACGGACACCUUAUUCCGUCCGAUGCGAAGACAAAGUUCUGGGCAAGUGAUUCCGAGCGCGUCAUUGAAACAGCCCAACACUUUGCCUCGGGGUUAUUUGGGCCUGACUGGGAAAAGAUCGGAAAGGCCGCUCUAGAGAUCAUCCCGGAGACAUUUGAUCGCCGCGCUGAUACACUCACACCGGGAGAUACUUGUUUAAAAUACCUAGAAGACGAAGAUCGUGGCCAUGACAACGGCAUCAAGAUGCUCACUUUGUUUCAGCAAGCGUAUAUCCCGGCUAUUGCUGAGCGACUGCUCGUUGAGGAGGGCAACCGUGGACUUGAGGGGUUCGCCAAUUGGGAGGUCUUUAGCAUGCAGGAAAUGUGUGGUUUUGAAACGACUGUACGGGGCUCGAGUCCCUGGUGCGAUGUCUUCACGCGCGAAGAUUGGAGGAAUUUUGAAUACGGACGUGAUUUGGUCCAUUACUAUCGUGGAGGCCCGGGAAAUUCUUACGCGGGCGCAAUGGGCUGGCUUUGGCUGAAUGCUACAGCGAAUCUUCUGCGAGAGGGGCCCAAGGCAGGUUCAAUGUUCUUCAGUUUUGUCCACGACGGGGAUAUAGCGCCUUUCUUGACUGCGCUGGACAUAAUGAAAGAUGAAAAGUACGACCCAUUUCUUCCCGUCACACAUCGGGCUGAAGACCGCAUUUGGUAUACCUCAACUGUGAUGCCAAUGGGCGGUCGGGUCACGCUUGAACGGAUGGCCUGUUCGCCAACAGAUCCUGCCCACAACAUGAACGAGACAUUUCUCCGGAUAAAUAUCAAUGACAAGAUUGUGCCGCUGCCAUACUGUAAGUCUGGACCUGGCUUGUCUUGUCCGUUGACGGAGUUCGUCGGUCAUGUGGAUAGAAGAAGGGUUGAAGUAGGAGAGUUUGGCAAGCAGAAUAGGGAUUUGAGGUAUGUCAUCUAA